AUGGUUGACGCAGUCCACGAGACAUCGUCCAGCGUUUCGGGCGAAGACGAGCAUCGCCAGAGCUGGGACUCGUUCUUGCAAAAGCCCCAAGUUCGUCACAUGACGAAUGACAGCUGGAGGAUAUCUCGUGGAUUGCAUCAACCAGAACAUGGUAUUGAGGCCAAACGGCUGGAGUACAACGCGAAUCAGCCGACGGCUUCUGGAGAUUCUUCGAAACCCGCAUUUUUUUCGUAUCUACAGUCUAUUGAGCGAGCUCAGAUUUUUGGAUCCACACAUCUUUACAAGCGGUUUUGUGCCAGCAUAGUCUCUUCUGGAUGGUUCGGUAGGUACCCCCACAUGGACAUUACCACAUUAGCGCAAAAUGGUGUAACAGCCUGA